CCGCUUCCCACCCGGACGCAGCCGCAGGGCGGCGCCGCGGCCGCCGUUGCCGGGUAACGCGGCGGUGCGGCGGCGAAGGCGGCCCGGCCGCGAAGGGGCCGCGAUGCUGGACCCGGACCGCGGGCUGUCCCUCACCAUCGCGAGGGUCGUGCAGCGGCUGCAGGGCUCCAGCCUCCACUCACAGCUGGAGCGACAGGCCCGGGUUAGCCUACACAAACCAGAAAUUAGGCUGGAAUCACUAAAAGAGGAUAUUAAGGAUUUUCUGAAGACAUCAGGUUGGGAAAAGAAGCUUCAGAAUGCUGUUUAUAGUGAACUCAAUGUGUUUCCUUCGCCAUGUCAUCCUGCAGCACCACCUGAACAUAUUAAAGAACCUUUAGCCUAUAUGAGGAAAGCACAGGGAAGUUGGGAGAAGCGAAUUCUGAAAAGUCUGAACAGCAUGUGCACAGAGCUCAAUAUCCCACUAGCACAGAAGAGGCCUGUAAAUGAACAAAAAGAACUGCUUAGUAAAUGGAAUGAAAUGGGAACUGAUGAGCCAGAUCUAAGUCUUUUCCGGCCUGUUUAUGCGCCUAAAGAUUUUCUUGAGGUACUAAUGAAUCUUCGAAACCCAAAUUAUGAAAAUGGAGAGCAACCUAGUUUCAGAAAUCAUCUGGGACUAAUUCAGGUUCCCUUAAAAGUUAAAGAUAUUCCAGAAUUGAAAGAAGACUUUAGCGAACUAAGCUUAAAUAUAGGACAGCUAGGUAUUGAUGAUUCAGCACAAGUGCCUCCUGAGUUCUUUGAAAAUGAACAUGUACGUGUUGGCCAGAAAGUUUUAGCAGAGCAAGACAGUGCUGCAGCUCAGCAGUAUGUUCGUCAGGGAUGUCCAACAGCACUCCGAGCUGAUCUGUGGGCUCUCAUUCUUAACAUUUCUAAUCAGCCAGAGGACAUCUUGUAUUAUGAACAGCUUAAGUCAAAUGUGAUUCAACAUGACCUUUUAGUGGACAGCCUGAUUUACAAAGAUGUAAAGCUGACAGCAAGCAAUGAUGACUACUAUUUUGUAUUUGAGGAUUAUUUAUAUCAGGUGUUACUGUGUUUUUCCCGAGAUACAUCAGUAUUGGAGCAUUUUACUUACAGUAGUGCAACCCCACCCAAAUCAUACAUACAAGGAAAACUCGGAAUGGAAGAAUAUGCUGUUUUCUAUCCUCCAAAUGGUGUAAUUCCUUUUCAUGGCUUUUCUAUGUAUGUUGCUCCACUUUGUUUUCUGUACCAUGAACCUUCCAAAUUGUAUCAGAUAUUCCGUGAGAUGUAUGUGCGUUUUUUCUUCAGACUCCAUUCCAUCUCUUCUCAUCCCUCUGGCAUUGUGUCAUUGUGUUUGCUUUUUGAGACUCUUCUACAAACCCAUCUCCCUCAGCUCUUCUAUCACCUCCGAGAAAUUGGAGCUCAGCCGCUACGAAUUUCAUUUAAAUGGAUGGUACGAGCAUUUUCUGGUUACUUAGCUACUGACCAGCUCUUGCUUCUGUGGGACAGAAUCCUGGGAUACAAUUCUCUAGAAAUUCUUGCUGUCCUGGCAGCUGCUGUAUUUGCUUUCCGAGCAGUCAACCUGAUGGAGGUGACAUCACUGGCUGCAGCUGAAGCUGUACUUGCUGACCUUUCAACCCUAAAAGUUAUGCCUCUUCUUCAAAUCUUCUUGUUUGCUACUGUCACUUGAUCUCCUUCAACAAUACUGGUACCACAUUCCAGUCUUUCUGGAGAACGUAAGCAUCAACUAUGCAAUGUCUGCAUAAAACCAAAAUUAAACUCCAUGUAUAAAAUCAAUUUAGAAAUAAUUACCUUAAUAUUUUCUAACAGGAAAAGAUAACUUUGCACAUGAUUGUGUGAAGUGCAUGCUAAUGAAUUUUACUGUAAUAGCAAUGGUUAUUACUUGUACAUUGAGAAUGACUACUUGUGCAAGUAAAUAAUAUGAAUCACUGUCUAAAAUGCAUGUAAUAUUAAAUAAAUGUAAUUAAUGAUCUGAGUUUUGUGAUGUUAUUUUCAGAGUUGUAAAAGCUCUUACUCUUUUAGUAGGAAAUUACUUUUUCUGGCUCACACCUUAGAGGAUAUCAUCUCCAAUACUGUCAAGUGAAAAAAUAAAGAUAAUUUUACUUGCAAGAUUAUUUUUCUAGUUUUCUAAAGAAAAGAUGGGCUCAUACUUCAGUUUUGCUAUCCCUAUUUUAUUUAUUCUUUUCACAGAAAUUUUCUCCGUAUUGUUUCUCAUGUUAACUGCUCCUGUUUAUUCUUUUCAUACACACAGAUGUAGUCACCCAUUCCCCAUUCACCUUUGGUUAGGUGUAGAGCUACCUCAGGUGUCUGCUGAACUCCUCCCCGGAGUCCCAUCAAAAACAUAGAUGGGACUGCACAGAAGGCUUGAGUAUAGCUUCCUUCAGAACUUGUUGGAGGCGGUCUUUGCAUGAGCUGUAAUAGUGCCCUGAGAAUGAUGCCAAGAGUCCUUUUGCUGUGCCCCACACCCUCUCUGGGAGAGCAGUGCUACGCCUUUGACAGUUUUCCAGCCUCUGUGAUUCAACAGCUCAGGCUUCAGUGCAAGAGCCCUGCUCAUACUCACAUGUGAUGGAUUGUCACUACAGUCAGGCUGGCAUUAUCUGUUAGCUGUCAUACCUUUUCAUGAGGUCUUCCUCACAAAAAAUGUUUGAGUUGUUUAAUACCAAAGUUGGGAUCAAUAGUCUGAUUUGAUUGAGUGUAUCUUAACACCUGAAAAAGGCUCUCGGUCAAAAAAUGAUAAUGGGUUAUAUAAUCACUGCAUUGCAAUAGGACUUUUGUCUUUGCCUGGUUUAUGAACAUGUACAUGCUUAUGUUUAUGUAGUUACCAUUAUUUGCCAUACUGAAUGUAAAUCAGUGAAACAUGAAUCCUUCAUACUGUGCUCAAAAUCUGACAAAUGAUCUAAGCUGUAGUCUCAGGUAGGGAUAUGAGCU